AUGCAAUUUUGCGAGUCUGAAAAGCUGCGUGUGCAGAAGCGCCAACGAUCCAUGGUCCGGGAAUCCAAGGCUGUCAAAUUCAACAACCUCAAGAGAUUUUCUGAAAACUUCAAGCUCAACACACCUGUGCCAACAGAUCUUAUCCCGAUCCUUGCCAAGGACGAAGCAAAGCAGAAGCACAUCGUCGAAAAAGCUCUGAAGGCUAUUCAGGAACAGAAGUCGACUCCACCAAAGCCGGCCACGGUUGUUGCUGACCAGAAGGCUCCACGACUGGCAAACGCCAACCCAGAUCCCGCUCAUACAUCUCCCUUUACACCGCGGGGCCUAUAA